AUGCAUAGCGAGUCGUCUAGCAUUCAGGCUGGUGUGCAAAAGGCCAUGAUUCUGAAGAAGGCGUGGUCACGUACAUCCUUGGCCAUCGCUUUCUCAAGUCUGUUCCUCACAACUCUCGUCAUCACCUUCUCCGACUACUCUGGACUGGUACUUGAGCCUUAUGUGACAAGCGAGUUCAGGUCGCAUUCAGCGAUGAGCUCCGCUCGCGUUGUCAUGAACAUUACUCGCAUCGUUGCCUAUCCCGUCAUUGCCAAGCUGAGCGAUGUCUUUGGUAGAGCUGAAAUGUUCACCUUUUCCAUCCUGUUCCAAACUCUGAGCUUCAUCCUCUAUGCGACUAGCAAGAACAUUGGCAACUACUUUACUGCAGGCCUCUUCGACGCAAUUGGUGCCACCGGCUUCACCCUGGUCCAGCAAGUAUUCCUCGCCGAUGCCACAAACCUCGUCGACCGUGCAUUCUGGUCCACACUUCCCGAGUCCAUCACCACCAUCCCGGCGCUCUACCUGGGUACCAUCAUGGGUGAAGGCUUCCUCAAUGCGACUUGGCGCUGGGGUUAUGGUACAUGGGCCAUCGUCACUCCCAUUGUCGCCGUCCCGCUCAUCGCCACCAUCGCGGUCCUUCAGAAGCGCGCCAAAAAGCAUGGGCUGCAGGCCAAGACUUUCUCAGCUGUCGCAGGGUGCUCUCCGGAUAGUCCGAUGUGGAAGAAGGUGUUUCACCUCAUCUGGACCGAGAUUGACUUCUUGGGUUUGAUCCUUCUCAUUGCUGGUCUUUCAUUGAUCUUGAUCCCUGUGUCCUUGACUGGCUCGUUCAAUCCUCAACGCUGGAAGGAAGGCUCGUUCAUCGCCAUGCUUGUGAUUGGCGUCAUCUGCUUUGCGGCAUUUCUGGUUUGGGACCUCAAGUAUGCUCAGAAGCCUUACAUCCCCUGGCGCAUGGCCAACAAGACCGUCAUUGCUGGAUGUGCCAUCCAGAUGUUUGACUUCUUGGGAUACUCGCUCUUCACCAUCUUCUUCCCCAGUUAUCUCCAAGUAGCGGGCCAGUUUUCUCCCGGCCAUGCCACUCGCAUCGACAACUCCCUGCGAGUCGCCUUCCAGAUCUCGGGCUUGUUUGUCGCCGUUGGUAUGAAGUACACUAAGAAUGCCCAGUACUGGGUUCUUGCUGGCCCUCCAAUGGUAAUUCUCGGUCAAGGAAUCAUGAUUUAUCUCGUCAACAUGCCCAAUGGUGGUCGUGCGAACGAGGCAUCCUUUAUUGCUUCCAAGGUUCUCUCUGGUAUCGGCCGAGCAUUCUUCCAAACCGCUGGUCAAGUGUCUGUUCAGGCUGUGGUUUCUCGUCAGGAAGUUGCCGUCGUGACAGGUCUCUUCCAAGCCGCGACCAGCGUUGGAGGUGCCCUUGGUACAAGUAUCUCUGGAGCCAUCUGGCGCAAUACUCUCCCUACGAAACUCGCGUCCUAUCUCCCCGAAGAGAACCGAAGCAACUCCACACUCAUCUUCCAGGACAUCGUGACCGCCAAGGGGUACCUCCCUGGCACGGAAGCCCGUGCGGCAAUUAAUCGUGGCUACAGCGAAUCGCAGAUGAUCCUCGCUAUCGUCGCCACGUGUUUCUGUGUGCCUAACCUUGUCAUUAUGUUUUUCAUGAAGAAUAUGAAGCUCGACGAAGAGGAUGAGAAGGAUGAGAAAGGUAUUAAUCGCGCCAUUGCCAAGAUUGAGCAACAGGGGAGAAAUUAG